UUCAAGGGCAAAACUGUCCGGAAACAAAUACAGAUUCAAAGGUGGGAAGCCUGGAUGUCCAUGUGAAUUGAUUCUCUUCUCUCUAAACACAUACAGAUUCCCCCCUCUACGUAUCUAUGUUUCUACAUAUACAUACACAUGCAUCUAUUUAAAUGUGUAGAUCUGAGUGAAGAGAAAAACUCUGGGAAUUCAUAUAUAUACUUGAUGAGGUAGAUUGAUAGAAGCAAUAAUUAUAUAAUAGGUAGAGAGAUUAUUACUCAAUCUGAUCGAUGUUCAUCAGCGUAUAUACAUACGUAUAAUACAUACAGAGGCGUAUGUAUGUAUAAUUAGAGAGUGAGGGGGUGGUGUGGAACUGGAAAUCGCUGAAUCCAUCCAUCACACCUCAACUUUCAAGGUCCUCGUUGCAAACAAGGUGGAGUUGUCUUGUCACUUAGAGCUUCUUUUUAAGGCACAACAAAACUAUUCUACAACUUUCACCACACCCCACAUCUGAGUUGUGUGAUCAAGAGGAGGAGGAGGAGGAGGAGUGUUGCUGUUAUGGCAUGUACAUUGUCCCAGCUCACUAGCCCCACCCCUAGAGAUGCAGCAGACAGAGGCCUUCGCCGCUCGUUUUCUAGCAAAGAUUUGGGCCGACGAGCUGAGAUUCGACGGUCGUAUUCUGACAACCAUCUUUGCUACUCAAUCGGCUCCAUUAGGGCCUCCACGGUUCACCAACCGAAGCUCAAGAAUAGCAGAUCAGUUGGUGGCUUCUUCAAUAUCCACUUACCCGACACGUUGAGGUCGUUUCUUUUUUAUCCUGAAACAAGCAAAGAGAUGAGCAUGGAGGAGAGUGAUCAUGAGGACGAGUUAAGGGUCGGUGAGGGGAAGAAACGCGUGAAUUGGAUAGAGAGACUUGUGGAGCUUCGGGGUAAUUGGAAAUCAAAAAAGGUUGAGGUUGAGGAGUAUGUUGAUGGAGAAAGUCAAGGUUGUGAUGAAGAAGGAGGGUGCGAAGUGGAAUAUGAAGAUGAUGCAGAAGGAAGGGAGAUUAACAUCGACAAAGAAACAUUUUCAUCGUUGUUAAGGCACGUCUCUUGGUCGGAUACUAAGCUUUUCUCGCAGCUGGCUUUCUUGUGCAACAUGGCAUAUGUGAUCGCGGAUAUGAAGACAGGGGAUUUGAGGAGGUAUUAUGGGCUGGAAUUUGUGACAUCUUCCCUAGAGAAGAAGGCAGAAGCAGCAGCUAUUAGAGACAAAGUUGAGCAGGAUUCGUCUAGAGUGCCCACACUGUUGUCUGAGAUUAGAACAGAAUUGGUUGAGAAUUCCAAGCAGAAAUCCAGCAUUCGUUCAUCAGCCGCUUAUGAGAUUGCUGUGUCGGCUGCAUCUUACGUCCAAUCCCGAGCAAAAGACCUCAUAUCCCUCGGCUCCAAGCCCCACCUUAAUGGAGAUGGAAUUUGCUUGCAUGGUGAAGAUGAUUACCGGACUGAGGAAGACGAGGGCACGUCUCCGAGAAUUUACAUGCCGGAGAUGGCUGCGUGUGUGGCUGCAUCGACAAUGACAGCGGUGGUUGCUGCAGGGGAGAAGCAGAAAGAGAAGGCAGCAAAGGACCUGCAGUCGCUCCAUUCCUCACCAUGUGAAUGGUUCGUGUGUGACGACUCAAGCAUAUAUACUCGCUGUUUUGUCAUCCAGGGAUCAGACUCACUGGCAUCCUGGCAGGCAAAUCUCUUCUUUGAACCGACCAAAUUUGAGGGAACCAAUGUGCUAGUUCACAGAGGAAUAUACGAAGCUGCAAAGGGAAUAUAUGAUCAAUUCAUGCCGGAGAUAAGGCAGCACCUGAACAGAUUUGGCGAUCGAGCAAAGCUUCAGUUCACUGGGCAUUCACUUGGAGGCAGUCUUGCUCUUCUAGUGAACUUGAUGCUUCUAACGAGAAACGAAGUUAAGCCGUCUGCUCUUCUUCCCGUUGUGACUUUCGGGUCGCCAUUUGUAUUCUGCGGUGGUGAGAAAAUACUUGAGCAAUUAGGCUUGGAUGAGAACCAUGUCCACUGUGUGAUGAUGCAUAGAGAUAUCGUGCCAAGAGCAUUCUCCUGCAAUUAUCCCAAUUAUGUAGCCCAAGUACUCAAACGUCUGAACGGCACCUUCAGGUCCCAUCCGUGUCUGAACAAGAAUAAACUAUUGUACUCUCCCAUGGGAAAGAUAUUCAUCCUCCAGCCGGAUGAGAAGUCGUCUCCACCUCACCCUCUACUACCACCAGGCAGCGCACUAUACGCCUUGCAUAACAUGAAGAGCUCCCUAACAAAGACUGCUAUCCGGGCCUUCCUAAAUUCUCCUCAUCCAAUUGAGACUCUUAGUGAUCCCACAGCAUAUGGUUCAGAGGGUACGAUACUUAGGGACCAUGACUCGAGCAACUACUUGAAGGCAGUGAAUGAACUUAUAAGACAACACACAAGGCUGGUAGUAAGAAAAGCAAGAAAGCAGAGGAACCAGAUGUGGCCACUUUUAACUUCACGAUCGCCACACACAUGGAGCGGCACUUGUAAUAUGGAGGGCAGGCCAGAAGCCACUAAGAAAGUACUAACUGGAGUUUGAGAUCUUUCCGGGCUGAUUAUGCCUGGAUAUUCAAAAAAUGAACUUGGAUAUUCAUUUCUUUCAUCUUGUAAAUAAAAUCAGAAAAUCUUCUUGCC